AUGGAGCCCAAAGUCAUCAUCGUGACUGGCGCAAGCCGUGGAAUCGGCCUUGCUGUAGCCAGGGUCUUGCUGCAGGCUUCUCACAAGGUCGUCCUUAUCGCUAGGUCAGCGGAACAGCUCCAGGCCCUGAAAGAGCAGUAUCCCGAGCAGGUCGCGUACCUGGCUGCCGAUAUGACUGUUUCUGAUGUAAAAGAGACGAUCCCUCACCUACGGAAGACCAAGGGCCGAAUUAUCUUUACUUCUUCGGGUGCGGCAACAGGCGCAUACACUGCCUGGGCAGCCUACGGCUCUUCAAAAGCCGCUCUCAAUUCAUUGGCUAAGCACGUCGCGGUUGAAGAACCAGAUAUUAUCUCCGUGGCAAUCAGUCCUGGCAGAGUGGAUACGGACAUGCAGAAGGAAAUCCGUGAAAAGGGCACUGCCAUGGCACCAAAGGAGUACGAGACUUUCAAGGCGGACUUUGAGCAGGGCAGAUUGGUACGACCCGAGCAGUCUGGAGGUGUCAUUGCCAGACUGGCCGUAGAUGCAAAGGCUGAUCUUUCUGGGAAGUACUUCAAAUGGGACGCGCCCGAGCUGGUGGAAUAUCGACAGUAA